AAUGCGUCAAGAAUCAAGACCUUACAAUCUACGAAGUUUUCUCCUUUAUCAAGCACACAAUCUGCCCUUUAUGCAGCUCAUAAAGAAUGGCUUUUUGACAAUUGACAUAUUAUCAUUUAACUAUGUCGGCUAAAAGGUCUUGGACUUCUUACAAUCUACGAAGUUUUCUCGAACUAAUUCAUCGUUACAGAGCCAGCUCCAGCAAUGUUUCUACAGUGUCCAAGAUCGGACAGGGUUUAUCAGUUCAUAAAGGAUUGCAGUUGAUUAAUGCCAAUAGCCAAGAAGGGAGACGAUUCGAUUCCAAUAUGAUGAAGAGUGACAAGGUUGCCCCAGCGCCGGUUCCAAAUCCUCCCGGAAGUAACUUCCCCCGUUGGGCAAAAUGGAUCUUGGGAACUAUACUAUCCAUCUUACUACCUUUUUGGCAGCAAGAAUGGAAGAAGCUCAGAAGGAUAGAAGGAGAAUCGGAAAUUAUUGUUGAAGAGGUUGAACAUGUAGCAGAGGUGGUAGAAAAGGUGGCGACUGUGGCGGAGAAGGUAUCAGAAGAGGUGGCCGAAGUGCUGCCUGAAAACGGAAAACUAAAGGAAACAGCUUUGUUGAUGGAAGCCGUUUCAAAAGCAACUGCCCAUGAUGCUAAACUAACACAAGACUUUAUUCACAAGGUGGAUGCUGUACGGCAUGACAUUGAUGACUUAGAGACGAUGGUUGAACCUGUAAUAGACAAGCUUGUGCAGCAAAACUCUCAAGGAAAGUGAAACAGUGAAGAAAUCAUCAGUUGCCUUUGUAACUGCAGUACUACUAAGUGCUAACACAAGCAAAGUAUAUGUUUCUUUUCAAUCAAGAAAUGAAUCUACACAUUGAACAUGGA